UAAGAACCGAGGGGUCAAUCAACACUAUUUUAUCCGCAUCAAUUCUUCUGACAUUUUCCACACAUCAUCAGCAUUCACUUCGACAUCCUCUGUCCCGCAUUGAUUAUCAUCGCAAUCUCUUCCUGACAAGAGGAUUUCACACCGUUCGAAAGUCCCAAUCACGCCCAUCAUUGACGAAUUUUCGGGCUUCUUUUUUACCAAGGACCCCUCCGACCUACAAACUGUUUUCUUCCGCUUUUCGACGCGCUCCAUUUACUCUACGUUCAGCGGUCGGGCUACCUCUAGCAGCUGCCGCCUCAUUCCAGCAAAAGACUCCCGUCUCUACGAAUUCGAUUCCUAACAACACCCGCAAAAUGCAUUCCAAGGUUGUCAUCAUUGGCUCUGGCCCUGCCGCCCACACUGCCGCCAUUUACUUGUCGAGAGCGGAGUUGAAGCCUGUCUUGUAUGAAGGCAUGCUUGCCAACGGCAUUGCCGCAGGUGGUCAGUUGACCACCACUACCGAUGUGGAGAACUUCCCCGGCUUCCCGGACGGUAUCGGAGGCGCCGCGUUGAUGGACAACAUGCGGGCUCAGUCAGAGCGUUUCGGCACCGAAAUUAUCACCGAGACCAUUUCCAAGGUCGAUCUUUCCCAGCGUCCCUUCAAGUACUGGUUGGAGUACGCUGAUGGCCCCAACGAUGAGCCUAACACUGCUGAUGCGAUUAUCAUCGCUACUGGAGCUUCUGCCCGCAGACUUAACAUUGCCGGCGAAGAGAAGUACUGGCAGAAUGGUGUCAGCGCUUGCGCCGUUUGCGAUGGUGCUGUGCCCAUCUUCCGCCAGAAGCCUCUGUUUGUGAUUGGCGGUGGAGACUCGGCCGCCGAGGAAGCCAUGUUCCUGACAAAGUAUGGCAGCAGUGUCACUGUCCUCGUUCGAAAGGACGUGCUGCGUGCAUCUAAGACGAUGGCCAACCGCUUGUUGAGCCACCCUAAAGUUGAAGUCAAGUUCAACACCGUUGCCACCGAGAUCAAGGGAGGCGAGAACGGCUUGAUGAACGCUCUCAGAAUCAAAAACACAGUCACCGGCGAGGAGUCCGAUGUUGAGGCUAAUGGUCUUUUCUACGCUGUUGGCCACGACCCCGCGACAACCCUUGUCAAAGGCCAGGUCAACACUGACGCCGAGGGAUACAUUGUUACCCAACCCGGAACUGCCUCUACCAACAUUCCUGGUGUCUUUGCUGCAGGUGACGUUCAAGACAAGCGAUACAGACAAGCCAUUACUAGUGCCGGCUCUGGCUGCAUGGCUGCACUUGAGGCUGAGCGCUUCAUUUCCGAAGAGGAUGCUGAGGUCGAGAAUGGAGUCGAGGCCGAGUCCGAGGUGAAGAAGCCCGAGGCCAACGGCGUCGCUCCUGAAUACAGACAGAACCCUCUUCUGUAAACGUUUCCUUUUUAAUUCCCUUUGCUACCCUUCACACGAAGAUACCACAUAGACGGGUUUCGCAUACUAUGAAACAUUUCCUUUAGAACUUUUUCAGCCGAAGCAUUAUUUGCGGCUUUGCAGAGCCCUUGCAUAUUCACGCAUGCAUUCUAGAUGCGUUUCUUUUGCAUCACAAUUUUCAUGAGAUUCACUUCAUUGUACCUAUUGACUGCUCAUUUCUUCCAAUCUAGAAGGCUUAGUAUAUUGCGACGCAAAU